CAUAGUAUGAAAACGCGUUAUAAGAGUACCGUGUUAAAUGGGGAAUCACUGUACUUUGUCUUUUGUAUGUACAAUCAGAAAAAGAGAAAUAAAUUUUUUUUUUCAUCGGUAUUGAAUCCGGAUUAUCGACGGACCGAAUUUUUGACGGCAGACAUGUUACUUGUAGUUGUAUAACUGUUUUAAAGGCAGCUCUGUAUAUGGUAUGUGUUAUGUUACAGCCAAAGGAAUAGACAUCGACGUUCUUGCAGAACUGACCAUCAACGAUAUUGAUCAUUUAAUUCCUGCAGAACAAUUCGGUCUACGAAUUAAAUUUAGAAAAAAGCUUUUUGUAUGGAAACAACUCAACGGAUUAACAACACCCCUGGCAAGUACAAUUACUGCAUCGAAUUCAUCAUCAUCAACAGUAAAUAAUUGGAUAAAUACUAAUAUAAUAGAUACAGAUGAAAAUGGUAAUCCUGAAAAUCAACCGAUCUUUAAGUUAGAAAAUCUCUUAUUAAAAUCGGUUAGUGGUCAGUUAACUUUAUCAGAAUAUAAAGUUAGUGGAUUAAGUUCGAAAAAUCGAAAUAUCCUUACCACGAUAAUCGUGGAGGAUUGGUUAGCCAGUGACACAUCUGUAGAUCGCCAAUUGUGCCAAAAUGUCGCAAAAAAAAUCUAUUCCCAUUAG